AUGCUCGCAUUUAUCCAUCCAUUUUCUACCGCUUAUUUCCUUCAGGGUGGCUUUGGGCGCUGGAGCCUAUCUCAGCUACAAUCGGGCCGAAGGCGGAGUACACCUUGGACAUUUCGCUACCUCAACGCAGUUGGUUUAGUGUGUGAGGACGACACAGGACCACUGCAGAGGUUUGCUGUCUCGAGCCAAUGGUUGACCUUUCACCUCCAGCAGCUGCAGACAGAGACUGAGCACGAGCUCAGCAGCUUAGAGAAGAAGAACUUGCAGUUUGAAGGGCGUCUGCUCCAACUGACCUCCAAGUUGUUUGUGCUGCAAGAGAAGAAGAAACAAAUCCAGCGAGAAGUCCCAAGUAACUCCAGCCUUCAGACGUCCGCUGAGCAGUUGUGUGCUUGUCAGGAGCUUCAGGCCUCAGUUGCUGAGAGUUUGGUCCAGUUGGAGAGUGUUGUGUUUCAAAAGGAGGCACUGAGUGCGCUCCGUGACCUUCUGAGGCAAGACCUGCACAGAUAUCAGGAGAAACUUACGAGGCUAACAAGUUUGACAGCAACCAUACGCAACCACUUGCACAAGUCCAAAGAAGAAGACGACAACCCGAGUGUCCCCAGCAUGCAGGAAAAGAAUGAGACAGUGCAUCAAAGUGUCAUGCAAACGCCAGAGUCCCCUUCCCGCUUGCCUCUUAGUCCUCUGCAGACCAGCAAGAAAGGAGAGGCCAAUCAGAACUGGAGAGCCAGUCAGAAGAACACGGGCCUCUCGAAUCUUCAGCGAGCUGGCAGUGUCAAAGAUCUAAUCAGUAAAUUCUCUGGUCCAGAUUGCGACUCGUAUCUCAGGUCUCCCCAUAGUCUUUGUCCUGCGGCAGGAAGAGCUCCAAAGCCCACUUCCUCUGAGACUACCUGUCCUCCAAAGUCAAAGUCGGGUCCGACCGUUAUCGGUCAAGACCACAAGCCAGUUCCAAGCAUCUCUGGGACUCCUGUGUCCAAGGAAGAUAGUCGGAGUGCGGCGGUGUCGGCUCAGAGAGUCGUCCAAACUAGCCAGAUCACCGCAAGGAUUGAUUGUCCAGUAGGGAGCGGCGGUGAGAGGACAGAUUCAAACAAAAGCCCAGACUCUGGUAGAGAUUCGGUGGCGGACUCUGGGAUGGGAUCGGAGCCUGAAAGUGAUGCCAACAAGCAGCCGGACAGCCUGUCAGAGGAGGAGCCCUCCUCCACCCCCCGAGUGGUGCCACCCAGCCCCAAGUAUCAGAUGUUCCUUGACAACGAGCUGAAGACCAACGGCUUGAGCAGCAAGGAUGCAGAUGGUCUGGGAGGCGGGGGUCUGCUGGGGGAGAACGGAUCCAAGCUGUCCCGGUGGGAGACCACCAGACCGGGCAGCUACCUCGGGUCCUUGGAGUCCAUCGCCUCGCGGGACCUGGACUUUGAUCGGGCAAAUGUGGUGGAAAACUCCAGUCGAGUCUUCAACAGUCCUUACGGCAUGAACAUGAACACACACCACUUGCCCGGAAUGUCUCCUGCCACCUCAGAGUUGAACCUGCACAGCUACAGCCUAAGAGACAGUCCAGUGCCGAUGUCAGGUCCCAACCUCCUCCCGCCUCGCACGCGAUACUCCGCCUACGACGCUCUGAUGAAGAGGAGGAACGACAUCCCCAACCCCGCGGCUCAAAACCACUACAGCUUACGAUCCUCCACCAUGGGCGGCCUCAACAGGAAAGACUUCAUUGAGGAACUGACCAAACAGUUGGAUGGCUGUCACAAGCGUAAUCAGUUCCUGGAGGCCGAGAGUGUGGAGAUGGAGAAAGAGAGGAACCAGAUCAGGUUUGAAAUGCGUGGCCUGCUGGUGAACAACGAAGACCUGCUGAGGACCAACACUCAGCUGGCCAAUGAGAUGAAAAGAAUGAGAGAGCAGAUAUUAGAGAUGGAGAGAACCAACCAGGUCCUGGCGGAGAAACACCGGGAGAUGGAGAUGGAGGUGAAGCAGGCCCGCGACAUGAUGCUGGAGGCCAACACCCAGGAGUACGCCUUCAACUUCCUCCAGCAGUCCCUGAAAAACCAGAUCCAGGAUGCUGAGGAGAACCUGGAGAAGCAAACUCUGCAUUCUCAGUCUCUGGCGGAGAAACUGUGGCUGGCAGAGAGACAACUGGAGGAGUUGGAAGUGGACAAGGACAGCAAAUACAAGAAGACCUCAGAACUCAACAACACCAUCCUUAGACUGGAAGCAGAGCUGGCAGAGGCCAUGCAGGCGUCCUCCCAGCACUCAGCAGAGUUACACCUGCAGCAGAAGUUGCGGCAGGAGGACCAGAUGAGGGUGGAGGAGCUGGAGGAGACCUUGCUGGAGAAGGAGCAGGAGCUGCAGAAGUACCAAGCCAUCGCCAACCGCUUGCAGGGAGAGGUGUCGGGCAAGCUGAUUGACAAAGAACGCACGCUGGAAGAGGAGAUCCAGCUGCGGGAGAGACUGCAGCUGCAGUGCAAGCAGGCGGAGAGGACUGUGGAUGAUCUCCACAUGGAGCUGCAGGCCACCAUCCAGGCCAGAGAUGACCUGGCCAAGCAGUUCAAACAGGCUCAGGAGAAGCUGCUGGACCUGGAGAGCGACGUGGAGGAACUUCACGACAGCGAGCAGAGAUGGGCUGCCAAGCACAAGAGAGCCAUUGAUCAGAUGGAGCAGCUGCAGAUUAAAGUCAUUCAGGAGAAAGAUCUGAACGACCAGCUGGAGACGGAGAGAAACAUCCUGGAGAGACAGUACCGCGAUCUCCGCGUGGAGUUGGACGACCUUCAGAGUUCCAAACCUUCGGACGAUAUCAUCUCCAAGUCGGAGAGCCGAGUCAAAGAACUGGAGAACGCUCUCAGGACUGAGGAGAGGAGUAAAGCUCUUCUUAACAACAGCAUUGGCAAACUGGAGAGGAGGAUCAAUGAACUGGGCGAUCAGAUGGAGGAGGAGCACAGGAUAGCCACCGAGCAGAAGGACUUGAUGGCCCAGAGGAUCCGCACCCUGAAGCGCCAACUCAACGAGACGGAGGAAGAGGCCAGCCGGAGAGACACACAGCUGCGUCACACUCAGCGGGAGCUGGCGGAGGAGAGGGAGUCCAAUGGACGACUGCAAAGGCAGCUGCUGGAACAACAUGUCAAUCGAAAGGAGACCCUGACUAUUCGUCACACUCUGGAUAACCUGUGGCUGGACCUCGGCGUGGACGUGGAUGGCGAGCUUGAGCAAGAACAGGAGGAGGAGAAAGUAGAGAAAGCGCCGGAACAGAUCAGUAAGGUCACCGAUGUUUAACUUGGGUGUGUUUAGGAAGAGGGAGGAAGAUUCCACAGCUUCUCUAUCAGUGCCUUCAACACUUAUCAGCAUCAGAACAUACUAGUAUUAAAUAUUCCAUGGUGUUUCCACUGGGUUAUUCUUGUAUUCCAAGGCCUUCUUCUUUUUAAGUAGGACUCACACAGGUGUGUAACAGGAAGUGUAUUGUACUGAGUCACAUGACAUAUCUGCAGGUCUGACACCAACAUGGCAGUCUGGAAUGUCAAAUGUUGAGCAGAAUGUUGCCUUCUUCAUUCUCAGUCACUCCGUUCAUUUGGAUUUUAGAUUUAAACGUAUAAAAAAAACCAUAAAAGCCUUGCACAAUUUACUGCAUCGACAAUUCUGCUUUUGCAAAGAGAAUACAGUGGAACCUUCUUCAGUCGACAAACCAUCUUUUCAAUGAACUCAAGUCCCGGUCCGCUGCAUUCUUACUAAAAAAAUAAACGUCAACAUACAGUAGAGACCAAAAGUUUAGACACACCUUCUCUUUCAAUACGUUUUCUUUAUUUUCAUGAUUAUUUACAUUGUAGAUUGUCACUGGAGGCAUCAAAACCAGAGAAUGAAGACGUGGAGUUAUGUACUAAAUAACUGAAUGGUAAAUAAAAUGGUAAAUGGGUUAUAGCACUUUUCUACCUUUAAGGAACUCAAAUGACAUUAUUUCCACAUUCACACAUACCUUCACACACUGAUGGAGGGAGCUGCCAUGCAAGGCGCCAACCAGCACUCAUCAGGAGCAAGGGUGAAGUGUCUUGCUCAAGGACACAACGGACGUGAGGAGGUUGGUAGAAGUAGGGGAUCAAACCAGGAACCCUCAGGUUGCUGGCACGGCCACUCUCCCAACCGUCAAAGACUUCCGGUCAUUUAAAAACCUGAGCUCACAUAACGGCAGCUACACUUUUUCCCAUCUUAAAGAUCUAAAAAAAAAAUAAUUUGAGAAUGUCCGGCGGGGGGCGUCGACUUAAACAGGUUCCACUGCAAUGCUCACUUUUGAUUGGUGCACUCAGAUUUAUUUAGUGCUGAACAACAGAAUAAAUCCUCUUUUAAAAAGCUAUAUUCUUGUUAGUAGUAUGGAAUAAAUACUUUAUUUACCAAACCAAAUUCUGCAAUCAAAAAUGUCUUUAGGGUGUGAGUUGAAAAUAUCCUUAAGAUAGUAACUUAGCGACCAUUGUUUGCUGAACAAAAACAAAAAAAAUGGUAUUUAAUGCAGUUUUGGCAUCCAUAAGUCCAGUAAAGAAAUGUUUUGUAAUGACAAUCUUUCGGUUGUUGACAUAUUUAAUAUGUUGCAGGGUUAGAAGAGAAAGGAGGGCAAAGUCCCACACGGUGUUUUAUACUCAAGGUAUCAGUUUGUUAUGUGGCGUAAAUAAACACAAUAUGUUGUAAUCACUUGAGCGGGUACACAUGAUUGUAUAUACUUCUAAAAUGCUGACUAAAUACUUUUUUGGGGGGUGUAGCUGCUGAGUGCAAGAACUUACUUAUUGUGUCUCAUAUCAAGAAAAGAAGGAUGUUAAUGUGCUUUAACAUCCAGACUGUAAAAUAAAAGGCUUAAGGAAGGACUAUUUGUUUAAAAAGUGCUUUGACAGUCGCACUGUUGACCUAAAGUCACCAAAGUCCAACUAUAUAUAUAUAUAUAUAUAUAUAUUUUUUACAGAAAUGCAAUAUUAUGAACCGAUAUUCAGAGAUACUCUCUGGAUUCUCUACUUUGUUUACAUUUGCUGGUGUUAGUUUACUGUUGGAAUAAUGUUGGUUUAUGCUAUAACUAUAAUAAUGUUGGUUUAUGCCAUAACUACAAUGUUGGUUUAUGCCAUAACUAUCAUGUUAUUACUAAUUUUUUUUCUGCAUCACACAAGCUAUUUGCAUUUAACGGUUCCUGUGUUUCUCCUCCACUCCAUCCCAUAAUUCCACUGGUUCUGAUUGAUAUUUAUUUUUGGUUUUCAAAUUCUGUCUUUGGUGAGAAUUUCCUGAAUAAAUUCUUCUCCACAGUAAA